AUACACUUGUUUAAUCGAUUCAAAGUAACAUAAUAAACAUGACGAACUUCUGCGAAAUAGAGCAAUUGGUAAAACUAUUUAAUUCACAAAAAGAGGACGAUUCCGAUUCGGAAGAUGACCAACAGAGUUACCCUACAGCUGAAAAACCGACGGAGAAUGCGAAGCAAAAGCAGCCAAAGCCUAAAAAGCCCAACCCUUACGACAAAUUAAAGCCAGAGCCGCAAAAAUCGUUGCCUGGUGCGGAGGAAUACGACGACUACCUUCAGGAAGAAGUGGAGAAGCACAAAACUGACUGGAAGGUGACCCCCAAUUGGGACAUAUCUUAUCGACAACAAGUAUCAGCCGAAGACGUGUUUCUCCAGAUGGGCUUCAAAACUCCUUCCACGUCCAGCUGCGAAGACAUGAUAGUGGUGGUGCACAUGCCCGGAGAGCACCAGAAGAACAUGGACCUGAAAAUACUGCCCCAAAGACUCACCCUCACAUCACCCAAGUUCCACCUAGACAUCCCCCUACCCCAGCCCGUCGAUCCGCAAAAGGGGAACGCUCAGUUCGACAAGGACACCGAAAAACUGACCGUAACAUUGAAAAUGGACAGGGAAUUGGAUCCGAUCAAUUUUUAAUCAGUAAAUUAUGACCAACAUAAUUGAUGUUUUGACCCGAUUUUAUACAAUAAACUUUUUAACUACGA